AUGAAAUAUUCAAGUGUUUGUAUAUAUAGAAAUGGUUAAGUUGAAAUAAUAAAAAAUGAAUAUGGAUCAAUAAGAACACCUUCAAUUGUUGCAAUAUCAAAUGAUGAGUUUUUAGUUGGAGAAGAUGCUAAAAAUUAAGCUAUUUUAAAUCCAUAAAACACAUUUUAAAAUGUUAAGAGAAUAGUUGGAAAAAGGUAAAUAAUAUAAUUUAUAUAAAAAUAGAUAUUCAGAUCCUAUGGUGCAAUUACAAAUGAAAAAUGUUUCAUACGAAAUUGUUAAUAAUACUAAUAAACCUUAUAUUUAAGUUUCUGAAUAUUAAGGAUAGAGUCCAAAGUAAUUUAGUCCUGAAUACAUUCAAGCAAAAAUUGUAUCAAAAUUGAAGAAAAUAGCAGAAGAUUAUUUGGGAUUUGAAGUUAAAAAGGCUGUUAUUUCAGUUCCUGUUACUUUUAAUGAUGCUUAAAAAUAAGCUACGAAAGAUAUUGGAACUAUUGCAGAUUUAGAUGUUGUAUCAAUAAUAACUGAAUCAAAAGCUGCAGCAUUAGCUUAUGGUUUAGAUUACAGUUAAGAAAAAAAGAAUGUAUUUGUUAUUAAUUUUGGUGGAGGCACUUUAGAUAUUUCUGUUGUUGCUGUUUCUAAAAAUAAGUUUUAUGAUAUAACACAUGCUGGAGAAUCGUUUUUAGGAGGAGAAGAUUUUGAUUAAAGUUUAGUUAAUUAUUUUAAGUUUAAAAUUAAAGCUUCAAAAAAUAUAGAUUUAAGUAAUGAUAAAGAAGCAAUUCAAAAAUUACAAAUUGAAGCUUAAAGAGUUAAAGAAGCUCUAUCUGAAAAAGAAGAAGUUAAUAUUCAGAUCAACGAUGUGAUAAAAGGAUUUCAUUUUAUUGAUAAUAUUAACAGGUAAAGAUUUGAAGCAAUAAAUGAAGGAUUAUUUAAUAGGAUUAAAACAGCAUUAAAAACAGCUUUUGAGGAAUCAAAUUUAGAUAUAAAAGAUAUUCAUGAAGUCAUUCUUGUUGGAGGAUUGAAUAGAAUCCCAAAAAUAUAAGAAAUUAUUUAAGAAUUCUUUAAAGGAAUACCAAUUAGGAAGGAUAGAAUAAAUGAUGAAUUAAUUUGUGCUGGAGCUGCUAUUAGAGGUGGUAUAAUAAGUUAAAAAAUGCCAUAUAAAUACAUUUAAAUUAUUGAAGUAGAAAGAACUUCAAUUAGUUUUGGUGUAGAAACAGUAGGAGGAUAUAUGAGUAAAAUUAUUCCAAAGGGGACUAUAUAUCCAACAAAGCUUUCUAAAAAAUAUACUAUUAAUCAUGAUUAUUAAGAAGAAAUCUUAAUAUAAAUAUAUUAAGGUGAAUCAUAUAGAACUUUAGACAAUGAGAAAAUAGGAGAAUUUAUUUUAUCUGGUAUAUAAAGAGCUAAAAAAUAAAUACCUUAAAUAGAAGUCACAUUUGAAUUAGAUUUAAAUGGAAUUCUAGAUGUUACAGUUAUUGAUCUAGAUACAAAGAGUUAANAUAUUGAACAAAUAAAAUUAUUAUUGAAUAAUUUAAAAAAGUCAGAAAGUUUUGCUAAUGACGAACAUUAAAACAAUAAUUAAAUUAAUAUUCCAUAUAAUGAUAAAUUAAUCAAUUAGAAUAAUGAAAACCAUUAAUUUAAAUAAAUUAAAAAUAAUACAGAUAAGAAUGCAUAAUAGGAGAAUCUUUUUAAUAGUAAACUUAAUUAACCUUUAGAUCUAAAUUUAAAUAAUAAAGAUUAAUAAACAAUAUAAAAUAAAUAAAAAAUUAAGGAAAUAGAAACAUAUGAAGAAAAUCAAGCAAAAAUAAAUUAAUCAACUGAUUAAAAAAAAUAAAGUUAAUCUAUAAUUGGUAUUGAUUUAGGUAUGAAAUAUUCAAGUGUUUGUAUAUAUAGAAAUGGUUAAGUUGAAAUAAUAAAAAAUGAAUAUGGAUCAAUAAGAACACCUUCAAUUGUUGCAAUAUCAAAUGAUGAGUUUUUAGUUGGAGAAGAUGCUAAAAAUUAAGCUAUUUUAAAUCCAUAAAACACAUUUUAAAAUGUUAAGAGAAUAGUUGGAAAAAGGUAAAUAAUAUAAUUUAUAUAAAAAUAGAUAUUCAGAUCCUAUGGUGCAAUUACAAAUGAAAAAUGUUUCAUACGAAAUUGUUAAUAAUACUAAUAAACCUUAUAUUUAAGUUUCUGAAUAUUAAGGAUAGAGUCCAAAGUAAUUUAGUCCUGAAUACAUUCAAGCAAAAAUUGUAUCAAAAUUGAAGAAAAUAGCAGAAGAUUAUUUGGGAUUUGAAGUUAAAAAGGCUGUUAUUUCAGUUCCUGUUACUUUUAAUGAUGCUUAAAAAUAAGCUACGAAAGAUAUUGGAACUAUUGCAGAUUUAGAUGUUGUAUCAAUAAUAACUGAAUCAAAAGCUGCAGCAUUAGCUUAUGGUUUAGAUUACAGUUAAGAAAAAAAGAAUGUAUUUGUUAUUAAUUUUGGUGGAGGCACUUUAGAUAUUUCUGUUGUUGCUGUUUCUAAAAAUAAGUUUUAUGAUAUAACACAUGCUGGAGAAUCGUUUUUAGGAGGAGAAGAUUUUGAUUAAAGUUUAGUUAAUUAUUUUAAGUUUAAAAUUAAAGCUUCAAAAAAUAUAGAUUUAAGUAAUGAUAAAGAAGCAAUUCAAAAAUUACAAAUUGAAGCUUAAAGAGUUAAAGAAGCUCUAUCUGAAAAAGAAGAAGUUAAUAUUCAGAUCAACGAUGUGAUAAAAGGAUUUCAUUUUAUUGAUAAUAUUAACAGGUAAAGAUUUGAAGCAAUAAAUGAAGGAUUAUUUAAUAGGAUUAAAACAGCAUUAAAAACAGCUUUUGAGGAAUCAAAUUUAGAUAUAAAAGAUAUUCAUGAAGUCAUUCUUGUUGGAGGAUUGAAUAGAAUCCCAAAAAUAUAAGAAAUUAUUUAAGAAUUCUUUAAAGGAAUACCAAUUAGGAAGGAUAGAAUAAAUGAUGAAUUAAUUUGUGCUGGAGCUGCUAUUAGAGGUGGUAUAAUAAGUUAAAAAAUGCCAUAUAAAUACAUUUAAAUUAUUGAAGUAGAAAGAACUUCAAUUAGUUUUGGUGUAGAAACAGUAGGAGGAUAUAUGAGUAAAAUUAUUCCAAAGGGGACUAUAUAUCCAACAAAGCUUUCUAAAAAAUAUACUAUUAAUCAUGAUUAUUAAGAAGAAAUCUUAAUAUAAAUAUAUUAAGGUGAAUCAUAUAGAACUUUAGACAAUGAGAAAAUAGGAGAAUUUAUUUUAUCUGGUAUAUAAAGAGCUAAAAAAUAAAUACCUUAAAUAGAAGUCACAUUUGAAUUAGAUUUAAAUGGAAUUCUAGAUGUUACAGUUAUUGAUCUAGAUACAAAGAGUUAAAAACGUUAAAUAGUCACAACCAAUAUCUUGAGACCUUCAAAGGAAGAAAUUGAAUAAAUAUGGGAAAAUAAUAAAAAUGAAUAAAAAUAAGAAAAAGAAAAAGAAAUAGCAAAAUAAUUGUAAGAUAGAGAAUUAAUUAUUGCUGCUUUUAAUAAAUUAUUCAAACAAUACGAAUAAUUAUUUUAAGUAUCUAUUUUAUUAAUGAAUUAAUUAGUCAUCUGAUUUUAAGAAUGUUUUUAAUAAAGAUGAAAUAGACUCUAUGUAAGCCCAUAUCUCUAGUUUUUCAGAAUGGCUAGAGAAAAACAAAAAAGAAACAAAAAUUAAGAAUUUAGAAUUUGAACAAAAAGUGUACAAUCUACAGAAGUAACAAUUUUACAUUAAAUUAGUCUAAUCUGGUAAGAAAUAUAAUAAAAAUAAAAAUAAUAAAAAAAGGAUUUAUGA